UGAUGAAAAAAGUUUAUACAGUUCCAACACCAAGGGAGUAGAAGUCAAUAAUUCAACAAAAAAGUUAAUAGGAUAUAAUCAUGUAACAUUCAAAUAUAUAUAGUUAGAAAGUAAGGUUAAUUUGGGUAUAUUCCUGAUUAAGCUACAAAGAAAGAAUAGUCAUCAAAACCUUCCCGUCCAUAUUUAAUGUUUAAACCUUAAUUAGUAGAAGAAGUAGAUGAGAACAACAUGAAAAAGAUGAAGUUAUCUUUCCAUAACUCAAUAACUGACCUAUAAACUUUUGAAGAAUUAGCAUAAGAAUAAAAACCACGAGAAUCCACUCCAAAUUUAAACCAAACUCCUUCAGAAAAGACUAAGACUUUUGUUAGGUAGCUAUUAUUUAUAAUGAUAGUAGAAAGUCUAUGAAACACUUAACUCAGCUAUGA